AUGUUCCGCCCGCGGGUGCUGGCCGCGCUCUCUGCGCUCUCACGGCGUUUCCAGGGGACAGCUCAGCACCCCAGGGCCCGGCCCAGGCUGGUGAUGGUGGCAGCUUUCAUAGGGACAACUGCAGCCACAGCAAGUGCCAGACUCCUUUGGCAGAGGGCCCGUGCAGAAGACUCAUCCUCUGUAAAGCACAACCCGAGGCCAGAGCCAGGUGAGAAGAUAAAGCAUGAGGAGGAGGAGGAAGAGAGCAGCAGCACUGAGGGGAGAAAGGCUGUUGCCUCGGGAGAAGAGGAGGCUCAGCCAGAAGGGAAGAAGAAGAAGCAACGUUCUGGGUUCCGGGAUCGUAAGGUGAUGGAAUAUGAGAACAGGAUCAGAGCUUACUCCACCCCAGACAAAAUCUUCAGGUACUUUGCCACCUUGAAAGUUAUCAACGAGCACGGCGAGUCAGAGGUUUUUAUGACACCACAGGAUUUUGUGAGAUCAAUAACACCUAAUGAAAAACAACCAGAACACCUGGGCCUGGACCAGUUCAUAGUGAAACGCUAUGAUGGGAAGGAUUUCUGGCAGAAGUUAUCCCAGGAGCGGGAGAAGUUUGCUGAUGAGGACAGCAUCUUUUAUGCCCUUGGAGAGUGUGGACUCAUUUCUUUUUCUGACUACAUCUUCCUGACAACAGUCCUCUCCACUCCCCAGAGGAACUUUGAAAUUGCCUUUAAGAUGUUUGAUCUGAAUGGUGACGGCGAGGUGGACUUGGAAGAGUUUGAGCAGGUGCAGAGCAUCAUUCGCUCCCAAACCAGCAUGGGCAUGCGCCACAGAGACCGCUCGACCACGGGGAACACCCUGAAAACUGGUUUCAACUCAGCCCUGACCACCUUCUUCUUCGGGGCAGAUCUGAAGGGCAAACUGACCAUCUCCCACUUCCUCGACUUCCAACGCAAACUGCAACACGACAUCCUUAAGCUGGAGUUUGAGCGGCACGACCCGGUGGAGGGGCGGAUCACGGAGCGGCAGUUCGGCAGCAUGUUGCUGGCCUACAGUGGGGUGCAGUCCAAGAAGCUCACAGUCAUGCUCAAGCAGCUCAAGAAGCACUUCCAGGAUGGAGAGGGGCUGACAUUUGAGGAGGUGGAGAACUUCUUCACUUUUCUGAAGAACAUAAAUGAUGUGGACACAGCUUUGAGCUUCUACCACAUGGCUGGAGCCUCACUUGAUAAAGUCACCAUGCAGCAAGUGGCCAGGACAGUGGCCAAGGUGGAGCUCUCUGACCAUGUGUGCGACGUGGUGUUCGCGCUCUUUGACUGCGAUGGGAAUGGUGAGCUGAGCAACAAGGAGUUUGUGGCCAUCAUGAAGCAGCGCCUCAUGAGAGGCCUGGAGAAGCCCAAGGACAUGGGCUUCACCAGGCUGAUGCGAGCCAUGUGGAAAUGUGCCCAGGAGACAGCAUGGGACUUCACCAACCCCAAGCAGUAG